AUGUCAGCCGAAGCAGCAUCAAGCCAGUUCAUCUUGGACACUUACUUACACCGCCUAGUCACCCGUCUACAAGAGGAACUGGAAGGAAAUCUGUUAGCUGUCUACCUUUUUGGCUCUGCUGGCUACGGCGCAUAUGAGCCUGGUACCAGUGACGUUGACGUUUAUGCGAUCGUCCAUGCACCAAUACCUGAUUAUCACAAGCUUUCUCGCACCAUAGGCCAUGCUGCUCUACCCUGUCCAGCACGCAAACUUGAAUUCGUCCUUUUCACUAAAGACAAUGCUGCCAAGCAAACAGCCAGCCCUGUGUUUGAGAUGAAUUUCAAUACGGGAAAGGAUAUGGAUGACUACUUGAAUCUGACUGCUAGAACUGAGCCUCGAUUCUGGUUUCUGCUUGACAUUGCCAUUGGUCGUGAAUUGGGAAAGUCGCUCAUUGGUCCACCUCCCAGUACAACUUUUGCUGCUCCAAGGUUGGACUUUAUAUUUGAUUGCAUGAUUGAAUCUCUGGCCUGGCAACGUGAAAAUGACCCCAUAACAUCUGAUGGCGUUCUCAAUGCGUGUCGUGAGUUGAGUUAUGCGAAAACGUCCACAUGGAGGUCGAAAAUCAAUGCCGGUGCCUGGGUACUUGAAAACUACAAUCGGCCAGAGGUAGUGGGUCUUGCGAUGGAUGCUCGUGUUUCGAAGGCAGAGUUGCCACAGAAUCUUGCAUUGGAUUUCUUACUUCUCGUAGAGAAGGAACUCAAGGAAUGGCACGGGAAUUAA